CAUUUCGUCAAAUUUCCCUGGCAAGUGCAAGUAAAAGUUUAAAUUGAUAUUUGUAGGUGAAAAAAACUCUUCUUCUCGCAAUCGUCACAUCGGAUGAGUUUGCGUGCUUCUCUUCCGCGCACCUCAGGCACGCCGCCGUUUGCCGGUUCACAGCAGCAGCAGCAGCAGCAUCGAUCGAGGCGAUUAUCUUUUGGAAGUGUCUCUUUUGCCACUACGUUUGCGAAGCCUCACUUUUUGCACCGUUAUCUACCGAAUAACUCCGAUCAUCAUCUCCGGCGGUCCUCUGCGAUCUUCAUGUCAUCCGAAGACGGAAAACACAUCUCUUCCCAACCAUUUGAGCUCCAAAAUGAGUUCGAUUUCGAGAAAAUCGUUGAUUCCAAUGGUUAUCUCUCCAUAUGCGGUUUUGGUUCUCUACUGUCUGAGCGCAGUGCGAGAAGUACAUUUCCAGAUUUGAUCAAUUUUAGAGUUGCUAGAUUGAGCGGAUUCAGACGUGUUUUUGCCCAUGUAGCUCCAAUUUUCUUUGAACGUGGCAUCGCAAUUCCUGAAACGAAGGAAAUAUCGAGCUUAAGUGUUGAGCAAUGUGAUGGUGAGACUCUGGUUAUUACCAUCUUCGAGAUCAAAAGAGCAGAGAUUCCUUCUUUCAUCGAGAGGGAGCACGAGUUUCGGUUCUUAGCUGUUGCUCCUCAAACCCUAGAUGAGAAGCCAUUAAUCCUUCCAGCGGUUCUUUGUGCAAGAUAUACUGAUGAGGAAUAUUUUCAGAAUAGGUGCAAAGGAAGUCACGAGAUCUAUUUCAAUCGAUACGGUAGACAUAAUAUCGACAAGAUUUGGCGUGAUGAUGUUUUACCUUGCCGCGUGUACCUCCGACAUUGUGUGUUGGCAGCAAAGAAUCUUGGCAAAGAAGCCUACAACAACUUCUUAGACCACACAUUCCUUGCCGAUCGCGAAACAACAAUUGGAGAGUACUUGAGAACGACGGGUGCAGGAAUAAUGGAAGAGGAACCUCCAGAAUUGCUCAAGUUUCGCUAUGGUGGAUGAUCCAUGAUUGUUAGUUAAUUAGCAUUAGCUUGUUGUCAUUGCCAGCUAACAACACAUUGCAGCAAUACAAACUGUAAGUGUUAUGUAUCAUCCCAUGUUAAUUUAUUUGAAUUAAAUUACUAAUAUAUGCUUAAGGAUAAUUUGAUAUAUUCGUGGAUAAUUUGAAAAGAUUGAUUGAUUUUUAUGA